AUUUAGCAUCCAAACAUAACAUGUCCUUACCACAAGACAUCCCAACCCCCGACAACGCCUUUUAUGUCCUCGUUACGGGCGCCAACAGCGGCCUCGGCCUCGGGAUUGGAACUCGGCUGAUUGAUGAGUUUCUCCAGACCCGGCCCCAGACGGAAUCCCUCGUCCUCAUCAUCACCACACGCGAUCAGCGCAAAGGCGACGCCACGAUUCAUAGGCUGGAGCAGCACCUGGCAAACACCAUCCGCUCCCACGAGCGCAAGCUCCCAGGCAUUGCUCAGGUUCUGCGCAACCGCGUAUACUUUCGGCAAGAGCGCUUAGAUCUGCUGAGUCUGAUCUCGGUGCAGAAGCUUAGCAAAAAGCUACGAGAGACGACGCCUAGGCUCGACGUGUUCAUCUGCAAUGCUGGCAUUGGUGGCUGGACAGGAAUCAAUUGGCCCCAGGCCAUUUGGACCAUUCUCACCAAUUGGAGCCAUGCCAUAACCUGGCCUACCUACAAGAUCUCUGGUGUUGGAUGGCUUGCAAAGCCGCAGAUACAGGCGGAAAAGGAGGUGGAAGAGCCGCCUCUGGGCCAAGUCUUCUGCGCGAAUGUCUUUGGCCACUACAUGCUGGGCCAUUACCUUGCACCGCUGCUAGCCAAGCACCCCAAGAGCAGCAAGACGAGGGGCCGCAUCAUCUGGGUCAGCAGUCUUGAGGCCUACGACCAUGUGUUUGAUGUACAGGAUAUCCAAGGUAUCCUCUCCGACAUGCCAUAUGAGGUUAGCAAGCGCCUGACAGAUGUCUUGGCCAUUUCGUCAAGGCUACCGUGUACAAGGCAAUCCGUGGCCCAGUAUCUGGAGCCAGCCAAAGGAAAAGCCGAAGCUAAGGAGGAGGAUGCCAAGGAGGUGACCGAGCCACGACUGUACGUCACCCACCCGGGGAUUUGCGGAACGGCAAUAAUGCCGCUCCCGCUGAUACUCGAGUACUGCAUGCUGAUUGCCUUUUAUGUGGCGCGAUGGGUGGGCAGUCAGUGGCAUACGGUCAGCGCGGAGAAGGGGGCGACGGCCAUGGUGUGGCUAGCGCUUGUGAGUCAGAGCACCCUCGACAGCAUCGAGGCAAACGAGGGCGUGGGCAAAUGGGGGAGUGCAACAGACUUUUGGGGACAGGAGCGUGUAGAUCGCACCGAGGUACCGGGGUGGGGUUGGGGAGGCAAGAUAGGGGAGGAGGUGAGGAGGAAAGGUAGGGAUCCGUAUGCAAAGGACCUAUGCAAGGAGAGCCAAGAGCGGUUUGUCGAGACUGGGACCAAAUGCUGGGAGCAGAUGGAAAGGCUGCGUGUCGAAUGGGAGGAUCGGCUGCGUAGCGCUGGAGUCGGUGAGGACAUGUCGUCGUGAGGCAGCAAUCUUGUUGGCGCACAUGGAAGAACCGGGGCAAACAGACAGACAGGCAAUCAGACAGGGUGUAUGUUGAGUAUAUACACACGUACGUAUGUAUGUAAGUAGACAUGUAAGUACAUGGUAGAG